GAUGUUCCAAAUAUGUUAUUGACAUCUCACGCUCCAAUAGCUGAACCAGGAUUACUUGUGUGGCCACAUGUUAUCAUUGCUAUUUUCUCGGUAAGUACCAUGGUUUCAUUGCUAACGCUUUGUGUAACAACACACUGUUGCCGGAACGCGAAGAAAAAGGAAAAUCCCUAUGGUGAAAUUGCCACAACACCAACUGCAGAUAUCUCUGUUUCAGCAGUUGUUUCUAGAAACAGAACUGAUGGAUCUCGGCUUCAUCAUCUCAGUCGUCUUUCCUGUCCUAACCUAAGUCUCCAUGAACGAUCAGUUCAUCGGCUUUCCGCUCCACUUCCUCACUCUUCUGCUGCGGCGAAGCGAGCUUUACCAAAGCAAGUUCUUUUAUUACCUGAACAUUCAGCGCGAUUUGAGAAAAAUCCAAGUGCAGCAUACUCAACAAUCGAUCAUGCAAUACCUGCUGUCGGUCGAAUUGGUUCAUUUUUAUAUGGUGAAGGACCAACAAACCCAACUUAUGAAUCUAUUGAUAUGGAUCCUUUAUAUUCGAAGUUAGGAAAUGGUGGUCCAUCUAUGAAACGCUAUGAUUAUCCAAUUUUUACACCGGAAAAUCAACCAGUAAUCGCUGCAGAUGAUGUAGUUUAUCAGAGUGCUUCACAGAUUUAUGCAGGUGUUAGCGAAGAUCCAUACAGCUCAAUAACAAGUCAUACAGGCGGUGAAACGAAUUAUGACAUUGGAUACAGUCAUAUAAGUCAUGUAAGAGAAAACAUGAAUACGGAGCCACCACACUAUCUUGCUAAUACGCAAGGAGAAAGUCGCACUCUCGAUCACCUCUAUUCACGGAUUCGACGCGGUCCGUCGAUGAACAGGGCUACAAAUUCAUCCAUAUAUCGACCUCUACCCUCAAAUGAAUAUGGUAUUGAGUAUGUUUCAAGUGGAAGCGACAAGACAAGUCGAGAACCGUCGUAUCGGUAUAUAACGGUACGAGAAACUGUUGAUGCUAUUCGACAGCGGCUAAAUGAGUUUAAUCCAUCUUCCAAUAUACCUCAGUCAGUUAUAACUGAUGGUUGUGGACCAAUUCGAGAACAUUAUUAUUCAUCGAUUGGUGGUAGUGAUUAUGAAACAGUUCAUUACAUAUCUCAACGACAUCCACUAAUCAACCCUCUUGCGACAAUCAGAAUAUCCCUUCAACAUCCUGCACCAGUUACGGUUUAUGGACAACCUGAGACGAUUUCUAAUGCUAUUAAUUUGUGUGAAAAUAUACCACCGAAGCCACCCACUUCUCCGAUACCUCUACGUAUCACUGCUGUAAAAGAAGAUAAUUUUGAAAGAAAACAAACACCAUUAUCAGGUACUAAUUUGGAUGAAGCUGCAAAUGAUGAUGAGAGCCGCAGUAAUAUUUCCGAGAAAAUCCGUAAACUUAGGACGAAUUUUUUUGACCAGGAACUCAAGUUGGAAGGAUUCAACGGACCUUCGUCAACCGAUGUUCGCUUUGGACAGUCACUAGGAACCAUUAAUCAACAUGAAACAUCAAAAUGGAUUAAUUCUUCUGGAAGUAAUCGAAAUUUAAACUCGGUGCACUACGUUAAUCAAACUUCGUCACCAAACUUUGGUGAUACAUAUCCGUCAAAAUUGAUUGCCGAUAAAUCAUAUUCAUAUCAUGCAGGGAAUGUAACCGGAGAUGCGCUUCUUUCCACUGCAAACAGACAGAAUGUUAUUGAUAAAGAACACUGUAAAAUUAUUGCUGAGAAUUCAAGGUCUCAUAGCUUCCACGAAGCAAAUGUCUUUGAGACAAAACAGUGUGUCGAAGAAGACCCGGUCUUUCAACAAGAGGGAAAUAACGACGAAGGAAACUAUUUCAUUCCUAAAAGGCGCAAGAAACUCAAUAAGCAGGCUGAGAAUAAUAAUAGUAACACUUGCUUCGCAGAGGCUUCAAAUGAACUGUGCAAAAGCAUUGACGUGCAUUCCUUUCGAAAUUCAAGUUUCUCUAAAACAACUUUACUAUAUCAGGCAAGUCAGUCACUGCAAACAUCGAAUAAAGUUUCGAGCAAUACUGAAGGAGAUGUGGAGGCACAAUCUUGUUCAGAUCAACGAAGUAUGAUGGAAUUAUCAUAUGGAGGAAGUGAUACGGAAGGUGAUCGAUCAGUGCAAACAGCUAGUCUUACUUUCUCACACGAAUCAAUUAAUGAACAUGGAUGGAGGGAAGUUUUGGUUUUAUGCGUCAAAUUUUCAGAAUUUUUGGUCAUUCUUUAUCAUGACCUGGUGAGGAUGUAUGCAAUUCUUCAUGAAACGGAUGAUUCGACCGCAGUGAAUUUUAGUGAAUGUGGGAAAUUUUUUCCGGAGAAAGGUUUACAAAUAGUUACCAUUGGUGUUAAAUAUUUGCGGAUUUUUCGCGCUAAUCCAUAUGCUUUACUAUUGAAAGAUGAUCAGCAGUGGGCCCAGACGACACGAUUGGAAUGUUUAUUAGCUGUACGAUUGCUUGCAGCAGUACAAUCAUUUGCUGUUGCCAGAAUUCCACAGAACCCGGACUGUGAUAGUCUUUUGCUUGGAUUUGAUGAUGCUAAACUCUCUGUUAUUGGUGUAAAUCCAGCUGAACGUUGUUUAAAAACAAUUUCUUUGCACUGCUUCGAAGAUGAAUUGCUAAAAGAUGGAUUCACCAAGAAUUUGCCUCGUCCAGUUAUUCGUGUUGAUCCAGGUCAACGAUGCGCUGCUAUGCUUGUUUUUGGAAGAUAUCUUGCUGUGUUGCCAUUCAAUGACUCAAGCUCCCAACUACAUUCAUAUACGGUUCAGCUUUCCCAAAUUGAUUCCCGUUUGGUGAAUGUGAUGGAUAUGACUUUCCUCGAUGGUUACUACGAACCAACAUUAUUAUUUCUGUAUGAACCCGUUCAAACUACUUGUGGGCGAGCUUGUGUACGUUUUGAUACCAUGUGUGUAUUGGGUGUCUCAUUAAAUGUCAAGGAACAAGCUCUUGCUUCCGUGUGGCACUUAAGCAAUCUACCGAUGGAUUGUAAUCAGAUUCUUCCAAUUCCGAGACCAGUUGGUGGAAUUUUGAUAGUUGCUAUAAAUGAACUUAUCUAUUUGAAUCAGUCCGUCCCUCCAUGUGGUAUAUCGCUUAACAGCUGCAUGGAUGGUUAUACUAAAUUUCCAUUAAAAGACUUCAAGCAUAUGGCUCUAACACUGGACGGCUGUGUUGUGACUGUUAUUUCCACAAAUAAGAUUUUACUAUGUGAUCGCAAUGGACGGUUGUUUACAUUGGUUUUAGUUACCGACGCUACGAAUUCUGUCAAAUCACUGGAACUGAAGUUUCAAUUUGAAACAGUGAUCCCGUGUACGAUGACUUCCUGUGCACCCGGCUAUCUCUUUAUUGGCUCUCGUCUUUGUGACUCCGUGUUUCUUCACUGCAUUUUUGAGCAAUCUGUAUUGGAAGAAUCUUCUGCGAAGAAAAUAAAAUUGAAUGUCGAACCAAAUGCGAGUGAAGAAGAUGAAGAUUUCGAGCUGUAUGGAGAAGUGCUUCCGAAGGUUGCAAAAACGGAUUCAAUGGAAGAACUGUUGAAUAUUCGCGUUCUUGAUAAAUUGCUUAACAUCGGUCCGUGCAAGAAAAUAACUGGUGGUUGUCCAAGUAUCAGUGCUUAUUUUCAGGAAAUAGUUCGAAAAGAUCCACUUUUUGAUUUAGCAUACGUUAAGCUUUCUUCCAGAGAAUUGUAUACGAUCAUAUCUAGCAUACAACUUUUUAUCGGAAGUACAAUGUAUGUGCCUGUGGGCAUGGAAAAUUUGGAAGCAUUUGCAUAUUUCAAAGAAGCAUUCGUCCUGAAAUUAUCACAAGUAGCAGGAGUUAUACUUUCGUAUGGUAAUAUCCAGAUGUCUCCUAUGUUACGAAACAUUAAAGUUAUGUUGGAGUUCAUAUGGAGUUUUCAGGAUAACAGAGUUUUUUGUGUUGAGGUUGAAGUUGGCAGAAUAGUGUUUCUGAUAUCAGUUCUUUUCAGUAUUGAGGGAGUCGUGCAGUAUUGGGCUAUUGGACGACGUGAAGACGAUACUCACAUGUAUUUCAUCGCUUCGAGAGAACUGGGAACUUUGGCAUUAGAAACAGAUAAUGAUUUGGUAGAGUUGGAAGCACCGAUAUUCGUGACUUCGGAGUCAACCAUUGCUGCUGGUGAAUUAGCCGACGGUGGUCUUGCUAUUCAGGUCACUACAUCGAGUUUGGUAAUGGUUGCAGAGGGACAGCAAAUUCAGCAUAUACCACUUCAGUUGACGUUCCCAGUGCGGAGCGCUUCCAUUGUAGAUCCCUAUAUUGCAAUAUGUACACAAAAUGGAAGAUUAUUAAUGUAUGAAUUAACCAGUCAUCCGCACGUACAUCUGAAGGAAAUCGAUAUUUCAAAAAAAUUGCGUCACGAGACGUCACCGAUAACAUCCUUAUCAAUUUAUCGUGAUAUGAGCGGAAUUAUUCGAUUUUGUUCUGCAACAAAUAUGUCUCAUCAACAGCAAACAACUGGCACUAAUGUACAAAUUCCAGAGCAAGAAGAUUUUGAGGAUGUAGAUGAUUUGUUGUUAUACGGGGAUUCCAAGAAAUUAAGAAUGCAUAACAGUGCUUGUGAAUUUGGACUUCUCUUAUUUGCUGAAACUAUUGAUUUAAUAUUUGUUGCAGAAAAAGAAAUGGUAUCCAAACGGAGAAUCGUUGGAAUGAAGUUAACAGAACAAAAUACUCGUUUUGAUACAGAUGUGAUCGACCCAAAUACGAUUGUGCCUUCACAUUGGAUUGUGAUUGCGCGAGAAAACGGAAACAUAUACAUAUAUUCCAUACCGGAACUUCAUUUAGUUUAUAUGGUAAAGAAAAUUAGUCAUUUGCCUGAUAUUGCUACAGAUCAACCAUAUGUCGAUGAUGAGCCAAUUGCGGGCGAAGGUGCCGAGACUGGAACAAUAACUGAUACAUUUGCCGCGAAACCGGAAGAAGUGAUUAUGGAAGUGCUUCUUGUUGGAAUGGGAAUGAAUCAGGGACGCCCAAUGCUUUUUUUGCUUAUUGAUGACACGGUUUCGGUGUAUGAAAUGUUUAUUUACAAUAAUGGAAUUCAAGGACAUCUCGCUAUACGGUUCAAACGACUUCCAUAUACAACUGUGACUAGGUCAUGUCGUUUCCAAGGUUUAAAUGGUCGAGCGGCAGUUGAAUCAGUUCGAGAUGCUGUUAGACAUAAGACUGUUUUGCAUUUUUUUGAACGAAUUGGAAAUGUGUUAAAUGGUGUCUUUAUUUGUUCAUCAUAUUCGUGUAUUUUCUUCCUUGAAUCUGGUGUACCACGCCUUCAUCCUGUUAAUCUUGAUGGGCCUAUAUUAUCGUUCACUACUUUCAACAAUGCUGCUUGUCCAAAUGGAUUCAUUUAUUUGACAGAACGAGAUCGGCUUAUGCGUGUAGCAAAAUUACCAAGUGACAUGAUACUUGACACAUCAUAUCCAGUCAAAAGAAUAAACGUUGGAGCCACUGUACAUAAUGUUAUAUAUUUACUACAUUCAAAUACUUAUGCCGUGUUAACAAGUGAGAAAAAGAAGGUAACGAAGAUGUGUGUACUUAUAAAUGAUGAUAAAACUUUCGAGGAGCACGAGAAGCCGAAUACAUUUGUUUAUCCGGAGAUAGAUCAAUAUAAGUUACAUUUAUAUUCGCCAGAGGAUUGGAAGCCAGUGCAAAAUGUGGAAAUACUUUUUGAAGAAUUCGAAGUAGUUACAAGUUGUGAAGAAGUUGUUUUGCGAUCUGAAGGCACUGUAUCCGGUGUACAGAACUAUCUAGCUAUUGGGACUGCUUGCAACUAUGGUGAAGAAGUUUUGGUGCGAGGUCGAAUCAUCAUUUCGGAAAUUAUAGAAGUAGUUCCAGAACCAGGUCAACCAACAAGUAAACAUCGAAUAAAAACAUUAUACGAUAAGGAACAAAAAGGACCGGUUACCAGCUUGUGCUCAUGCAAUGGUUAUUUAUUGACUGGCAUGGGUCAAAAGGUGUUCAUUUGGUUAUUCAAAGAUAACAAUCUUCAAGGAAUAUCUUUUCUGGAUAUGCAUUUUUAUGUUCACCAGUUAAUUGGUGUUCGGAAUCUUGCCCUUGCAUGCGAUAUGUAUCGUUCAGUAGCUUUAUUGCGAUAUCAGGAAGAAUAUAAAGCGUUGUCGUUGGCUAGCCGUGAUAUGCGUUCUGAUGUUCAGCCACCAAUGGCCGCUCAAUUUAUCAUCGAUAACAAACAAAUGGGAUUUAUAAUGUCUGAUGAAGCGGCCAACAUAGCUAUUUUUAAUUAUUUGCCCGAAACACUAGAAUCAUUAGGAGGCGAAAAAUUAACACUACGAGCUGAGAUUAAUAUUGGUACAGUUGUGAAUGCAUUUAUUCGAGUGAAAGGUCAUAUUUCAAGUGGUUUUGUCGAGAAUGAAUUAUUUUCAUUGGAACGACAGAGUGUUUUGUUUGCUUCAUUAGAUGGAAGCGUGGGAUAUUUACGACCUCUUACUGAAAAAGUUUUUCGACGUUUACAUAUGUUGCAACAGUUAAUUUCAUCGAUGGUAUUGCAACCUGCCGGUUUAAAUGCCAAGGGUGCACGAGCAGCCCGACCGCAAAGGCCCAAUCACUACCUUAAUACUCGAAAUUUGGUGGAUGGUGAUGUGGUGAUGCAGUAUUUACAUCUUUCGUUACCAGAGAAGAACGAUUUGGCGCGGAAAUUAGGCACUAGUCGUUAUCAUAUUAUCGAUGAUCUCAUUGAAAUUUGCAGGGUUACCACACAUUACUGA